AUGGCCGCCGUUCGCGUCGCCGGCGCCAUGGCCGUGGCCGUGCUGCUCCUGGCGUGGCCGCGCGUGGCCGUGGCCGGUGAGCCGCCGUACUCCUGCGGCGGGGCACAGUCGUCGCCGCCGCCGUCGCUGGCGCGCGGGCACGCGUUCUGCGACGCGCGGCUGCCGGCGGAGCGGCGCGCGGCAGACCUGGUGUCCCGGCUGACGCUGGCUGAGAAGUUGUCCCAGCUCGGCGACCGCGCCCCGGGCGUCCCGCGCCUCGGCGUGCCGGCGUACGAGUGGUGGUCGGAGGGGCUGCACGGGCUCUCCGUCUGGGGCCCGGGCAUCCGCUUCAACGGCACCGUCCGCGCCGUCACCAGCUUCCCGCAGGUGAUCCUCACCGCCGCCGCCUCCAACGGCGAGCUCUGGCGCCGCGUCGGGGCGGCCGUCGGCGCGGAGGCGAGGGCGCUGUACAACGUCGGGCAGGCCAACGGGCUGACCAUCUGGUCCCCUAACGUGAACAUCUUCCGGGACCCGCGGUGGGGCCGCGGCCAGGAGACCCCCGGCGAGGACCCCGUCACGGCGAGCAAGUACGCCGCCGCGUUCGUGGCGGGCCUGCAGGGGACGGGGGAAUCGCCGGCGGCGACGGCGACGGCGACGACGACGCUCCAGGCAUCCGCGUGCUGCAAGCACGCCACGGCGUACGACCUCGACUACUGGAACAAGGUCGCGCGGUACAGCUACGAUUCAAAGGUGACCUCUCUCUCGUCGUCUGCAAACCAAAAUUCCAUGACUUCAGACAGUAAUUUAACUGAAACUGUUUCGCAAAUUUCAGGAAUGGACGUGAACUGCGGAAACUACACACAGGUGCACGCCGUGGGCGCUGUCCAGCAGGGGAAGCUCACCGAGAAGGACAUCGACAGGGCGCUCAUCAACCUCUUCGCCGUCCGCGUGCGGCUCGGCCACUUCGACGGCGACCCCAGGAGCUACGGCCUCUACGGCCGCCUCGGCGGCGCCGACGUGUGCUCGCCGGCGCACAGGAGCCUCGCCGUCGAGGCCGCGCAGGCCGGCAUCGUCCUGCUCAAGAACGACGCCGGCGCCCUCCCACUCCACCUGUCGUCGGUCGCCUCUGUCGCCGCGAUCGGCCCCAACGCCGAUAACCUCGGCGCUCUCCACGGCAACUACUUCGGCCCGCCGUGCGAGACCACCACUCCGCUGCAGGGGAUCAGGGGGUACGUCGGCGGCCGCGCGACGUUCCUCGCCGGGUGCGACUCGCCGGCGUGCGGGUUCGCCGCGACGCGCGAGGCUGCCGCGCUGGCGAGCUCGUCGGACCACGUGGUGCUGUUCAUGGGGCUGAGCCAGAAGCAGGAGCAGGAAGGGCUCGACAGGACGAGCCUGCUUCUCCCCGGCGAGCAGCAGAGCCUCAUCACCGCCGUGGCGAACGCGGCGAGGCGACCGGUGAUCCUCGUCCUCCUCACCGGCGGCCCGGUGGACGUGACGUUCGCCAAGAACAACCCCAAGAUCGGCACCAUCCUGUGGGCCGGGUACCCCGGCCAGGCCGGCGGCUUCGCCAUCGCGAGAGUCCUCUUCGGCGACCACAACCCGAGCGGGAGGCUGCCGGUGACGUGGUACCCGGAGGAGUUCACCAAGAUCCCCAUGACGGACAUGCGGAUGCGCGCCGACCCGGCCACCGGCUACCCCGGCCGGAGCUACCGCUUCUACCAGGGCAAACCCGUCUACAAGUUCGGCUACGGCCUCAGCUACUCCAAGUUCUCGUACCACCUGCUCACCAGCUCCGGCGACAUCUCCAUGUCCUCGAACACGACCCCACUCGCCGGCAUUACGGAUAGCCCCACCGGCACCGGAGACGACGGCGUGAGCUACCUGGUCAAGGAGAUCGGUGUCGAGACGUGCAGCCAGCUGAUCUUUCCAGCCGUGGUCGAGGUGCAGAACCAUGGCACCAUGGACCGCAAGCACUCGGUGCUGAUGUACCUCCGGUGGCCAACCAGUAGCGGCGGCCGGCCAGCGACGCAGCUGACCGGGUUCCAGAGCCAGCAUCUCAGGGCAGGCGAGAAGGCCAAGCUCAAGUUCGAGGUGAGCCCAUGCGAGCAGUUGAGCUGGGUGAGGGAGGACGGCGAGAAGGUGAUCGAGAGAGGGUCUCACUUCCUCGUGGUUGGUGACGACGAGUGGGAGGUCAGCUUUGGCAUUUGA